GGCUUCUCAGAGCAAGGGAGGUAGUCGGGUCGAGGGAACCUGGCUCUGCCCAGGUGCCACUGCUCCAAACCCUGGGCCCCAUCCAUGGCAAGGGAGACCUUCCCUUUCACCUCUUCCACGCUGCGCUCUCUCCGCCUGCAGCGGGAGUGGCUGGAAUGGGAGGACCGGCGGCGGGCAGCUGCCCAGCAAUGCCGGAGCCGCAGGUGCCCGUCAAGUCCCCGGGCCCGACUCACUAGGCCUCACCGUUCCUGCCGAGACCCAGCUGUCCACCAUGCCCUGUUCUCCGGCGACCUGCAGCAGGUCCAAGCCCUGUUCCAAGAUGAAGAGGCCGCCAACAUGAUUGUGGAGACUGUGAGCAACCAGCUGGCCUGGUCAGCUGAACAGGGGUUCUGGGUGCUGACCCCCAAGACCAAGCAGACGGCACCCCUCGCCAUCGCCACAGCCCGAGGCUACACAGACUGUGCUCGCCACCUGAUCCGGCAGGGAGCUGAGCUGGAUGCCCGCGUCGGGGGUCGAACUGCCUUGCACGAGGCCUGUGCCCGGGCCCAGCUCGACUGUGUGCGGCUGCUGCUGACCUUCGGAGCAAAGGCUAAUGUGCUGACCGAGGAGGGCAUGACUCCCUUGCACCUCUGCACGAUUCCCGAGUCCUUGCAGUGCGCCAAGUUGCUGCUGGAAGCGGGAGCGACGGUGAACCUGGCGGCAGGCGAGAGCCAGGAGACGCCCCUGCAUGUGGCGGCGGCGCGCGGCCUGGAGCAGCAUGUGGCUCUGUACCUGGAGGGGGCCCGGGCUGAGGUCCCCAAUGGGGCGGGCCACACGCCCAUGGACUGUGCGCUGCAGGCCGUCCAGGACGCCCCCAACUGGGAGCCCGAGGUCCUCUUCGCCGCACUGCUGGACUACGGGGCCCAGCCUGUGCGCCCUGAGAUGCUGAAACACUGUGCCAACUUCCCUCGGGCCCUGGAAGUCUUGCUUAAUGCCUAUCCCUGUGUCCCAUCCUGUGAGACCUGGGUGGAGGCGGUGCUCCCAGAACUGUGGAAGGAGCACGAAGCCUUCUACAGCUCGGCCCUGUGCAUGGUGAACCAGCCAAGGCGGCUGCAGCACCUGGCCCGACUAGCUGUGCGCGCUCGGUUGGGAAGCCGCUGCCGGCAGGAUGCCACCCGGCUGCCACUGCCCCCGCUCCUCAGGGACUACCUGCUGUUGCGUGUGGAGGGGCGCAUCCAGUGAGCCCCAUGUCAGGCUGUCCCAUGGUGUGUUCUGCCCUUCCCACCUGUUCCUGCCUCCAACCCCGGAGGACCAGUUCCUGGCCCUCUUUUCUUUUUUUUCUUUUUCUUUUUUUUUUGAGACAGAGUCUCGCGCUGUCGCCCAGGCUGGAGUGCAGUGGGGCUAUCUCGGCUCACUGCAACCUCCGCCACCUAGGUUCAAGCGAUUCUUGUGCCCCAGCCUUCCAAGUAGCUAGGACUACAGGCGUGAGUCAC